AUGGCUUCCCAAGCUUCUUCCCUUACCGCCCUUCCUGCCGCCGCCUCCCUUGCCGCCGCUCCGGCGCAAGCGACUCCUUCCACCGACGCCCCCGCGAAGCCCAAGCCCUGCUGCGUGUGCAAGGAAGAGAAGGCCAAGCGUGAUGACUGCAUGCUUUUCUCCAAGUCCGAUGACCCCCAGAAGGACUGCGUUUCGACGAUAGACCAGUACCGCGCCUGCAUGGCUGGUUUCGGCUUCAAGGUCUAA